GCGGAGGCACACAGAUCGGUGCGUGAGUAGGCGUCUCAGGGGGUUAGCAGAGUUGUACAGGCAAAAUGGCGACGUUCACCUGCAGGGUCCAGUUCCUGGACGAUACGGACCCGUUUUCUUCCACCAACUUCCCCGAGCCGACGCGUCCUCCCACCUACACCUUCAACAUGUACAUCCCGCUGAUCGAGCAGAUCGGCACGGUCCACACUCUCCUGAGAGCGCCGCACAAAAUUGAGGACUGCGCCUUACAAAUAUCCCACAACGGUACUUACCUGGACUUGGACUCAACCUUGGACGAGCAAAGGGAAUAUUUGGAGGGUUUCGAGGACAGCCGCAAGAACUCGAUGAUUCUUCGCACACAGCUCUCCGUCAGGGUGCAUGCCUGCAUAGAAAAACUGCUGAAUUCCAGUGGCAGAGAAUUAAGACGUGCCCUGUUCUCCCUCAAGCAAAUAUUUCAGGAUGACAAAGACCUUGUUCAUGAGUUUGUCAACUCGGAAGGCCUCACGUGUCUUAUUAAGGUGGGAGUGGAGGCUGACCAAAACUACCAGAACUACAUUCUCAGAGCCCUGGGGCAGGUGAUGCUGUAUGUGGAUGGCAUGAACGGUGUCAUCAACCACAAUGAGACCAUCCAGUGGCUGUACUCUCUCAUCUCAUCAAAGUUCCGUUUGGUGGUGAAGACCACACUGAAACUGCUGCUGGUGUUUGUGGAAUACACAGAGAACAAUGCACUACUACUGGUCCAGGCUGUGGAUGCUGUGGACAACAGCAGAGGCCACAAACCAUGGUCCAACAUCAUGGAUGUUCUAAACGAGAGAGAUGCAGUUGAUACAGAACUGCUGGUGUAUGCCAUGACACUGGUCAACAAGACUCUGAAUGCAGUUCCCGAUCAGGACACCUUCUAUGAUGUCACAGAUUCACUAGAAGAGCAGGGCUUGGAGAAAAUCAUACAGAGACAUCUAACCAAGAAGGGAAGUGAUCUAGACCUUGUGGAACAGAUGAAGAUAUACGAGACGGCGCUGAAGUUUGAAGAUGGUGAAGAAAAUAUUCCAGAAAGUUCACAGAACACAUUAAGGAAAACAAGAAGAACUAUCAGCCAGACCAUCAGUGAUGAAGCCCGCCAAAGCCUGAGGAAGAGCAGACGACACUCGUUGAACGCAGGAGACUCCAGCCCGAGUCCAGGGGGAAAGGGGCGCACAGAAACAAGGGGGCGUACAGAAACAGACGGGGAAACUAGAAGGAGUAGGUACUCCACUGAGUCAGAGACCAGCGACGACAGCGGAGACAGGAAGUCCAGGUACUCCUCAGGUGUGACGCGCCAGCCUCGGGAGUCCACCAUCGCUGAGGCACCCAAGCAGAACGGCCUCUCAGGGUCUACAGAAUCUGGGAAAAGAAGGUCCUGGCGAGACAGAGUAUAUGGUGGUCAGGAAGAAACGAGUAGCAAUAGCGUCUCAGGCGAUGGUUAUAACCGCGGCGGCCGCAGGUCAUGGCGAGAGGAACUGUCCAAAUUCGACCACAUUCUCGGCACAACUUACGGCAUCUCCGCAAACCGCCACUCUCGCUAUAAGACCAGGACUGACUCUGACACUGACAACAAAGACAAGGACAGAAAUGAGGAGAAGUCCAGCAAAAAUGAGGAAAAGAAAACGGAGCCAGAGCCUAAGACUAAGAGGGGAACGUUGUACGAGAUUCUCAAGUCUAUGGAAGACAAGAAAAAGCAAGAGAUGGAACCUAAGAAAACCCCCGAGGAACUCGAGGAGGAAAGAAAACUUGCUGAAGAACAAAGAUUGAAAGAGGUAUAUGCAGAGGAGGCCCGGAAAAGAUGGAAAGAGAGAUAUUUGGAGGAAACAGAACUGGUUAGAUCUGAUCCAGACUUCUGGAGAAAGGCUGAAGAAAUACAGCAAAAAAGAAAAGAAGAAGCAGCAAAAGCCUCCUACCAACGACAGAGCCACUCAUGGAGGGACGACGUAGCCAAGCAACUAGAAUAUGCUAAAAAGCUAGAAGAAGAGGAAAGAAAAGUUCUCGAGCUGGAGAGACAAAAGAGAGAAGAAGAGCGACGUGAACUCUUUCCUCCUCCAUCUACUGAAGCUAAUGACAUUCCACUGCCUGACGCUGCUUUAACCGAGACAAACGACAAGCCUGACACUCUGGCAAAUAUGCCCAAGUCAGAGGAAGACACAGAGCUGGAGACAGAACAAGAAGCGGAGUAUGAUGAGGAUGAGUUGGUAAAUGGUGAUGAGGAAGAAGAAGAUGAGGAAGAUGAGGAGGAGGAUGUAGAGGAAGGUCAGGAGUGUGAUGAGGACAUGUCAGUAGAAAACGAAGACCAGGAAUCCUCCGCAGCACAAGACAAACUAAGAACACUGCACAUUGAUGAGUCUGAUCUUCAGCCGUCUGAACCAUCCUCACCACAAGACACAAACGAUGAGCUUGUGUUCCCAUCCCCUGACAAUCAUGACACCCAAUCUAUCCAUUCCACACCUGACUCACCACCUGCCACGCCUGGUGAAGCUUCGCCUGUCAUUCCUGAUGAGCUUCUGCCUGAUAACACUGAUGACUCUCCACCUGUCUCUAUUGAUGACUCUCCACGUGUAUCUAUUGAUGAGCCUUCAUCACCUGUCACACUUGACGAGCUUCCGCCAAUCAUUCCUGAUCAGCUUCCUCCUGUCACUGUUGACGACUCUCCAACUAUCAUUCUAGACGAGCUUCCGCCUUUACCACUUGUAGUUGAUGAUGAGAUCUCCCCACCUCCGGGGUUGUAUCGUGUUGAAAGAACUACAGAAAGGCUCUCGAGCUCGGAACAGACUGAGUCCACAUCAUUGACCAAUGGACAGGGUUCGACGCCGCGACAGUCUCGGCGGGAGAGAAUGGCGGCGCUACAGAAGGAGCAGAUGGCGAUGGAGAAAGACAAGGACGAAGGUUCGAGAUUUCUCAGUGGCACGGCUAAAACUCGUUCCUCUGCCUUUAUCACUCUGUCCCGGAGCCAGAGCCAACCUGAGUUUGCCACAAACAAGUUGAACAGUGCGCUGAGGGACAUGAAGCCCUCCCUCGCUCCCGCUUGGGAGGAGGACUCCAGUUCUGAGUCUAGCUCGAGUUCGGAGACCAGGGUCCCCAACUCGCACAGAAAACCCUGGCAGGAGAUCAUUUCUUCUGAUUCGCAGAACUACGAACGACGUAGCUAUAGUAGACCCUCGUACUCUUCUAGAAGGUCCUCUAGAGACUCUGUACAGUCUGAAACCAAUUCCGAAUCAGACAGACAGUCAUGGCAAGACUCAAACUCUGACUCCAGAUACUCAGGCACUGAGCGCAAGUCCUCGUAUAGAAAAGCAUGGGAGGACCGUGACUCUGACUCCACAAAGUCAGGGUCUGGUUUCCGCCAUUCUGUGUCUGAUUCUGUACUCUGUAGACAUGGUAACAACGACAACAACAGGUCCAGUAGCAUGAAUGGACCAGAGUGUGGAAACAAGGACUCAUCAUCGCAACCUAAACAUGUGUACACUAACCACCAAAACGAGCAUGCCAAUAGAAGAGUAGUCUCAAAGGCCGUUUUUCUAAACGGGGAGGACAGGAAAUCGAAUGGCCCCGUAGUCGCUAAACCUGUUUAUCUGAAUGAGGAAGGUGAGAACAUGAAUGGCCAUGUAGAAUCUGACAUUCCUCCCCCGUAUGUGCCCUCAAACCGCUCCAAACUUACCAACGGAUCGGUCGAGGCUGCACGGCGAUCCUUCACUGAUUUUAGGGAUGGCAUGAACGGAGAGGGCCUGGUGCGCUCGCACCGGAGCAGCAUGGACAGAUACCACGAUACCACUAGAGGCUUGUCCGGUAGCUCUUCCACUGAUUGCAUGGCUGAUGGCACCCCUAGGAGUUCUGAGGUGGUGGACAAUAGGUCUUCUUCUCCACUCUUGCAUGCCAGUGGGGAGCAUGGUGCACCCGGUGGUAGAACCUCUGCAGUGUCUCGGAGGCGUGAUGAGAGAACAGAGAGUGUCUCUGAUGAACCGGUGACACCGACAAGUCCUGACAUGGGUCCUGUGUCUCCCACCGGCCAGUCCGGUGGUCUGACCAGCAACAAACGCUGGAUGCUGGCCAUGUUUUAUGCACAAAACAGGGAAGGCAAGAUGGGGGAUGAGGACGAAGACAGUGAUGAAUCAAAGGAUUCCGAAUCGAAAGAAGGAAAGGAAAAGAGAAGACUGUCCAUCGAGACGUCGGAGACCAUUUCCAGUCGGAUGGAAAAGGUACAGCAAAAGCAGAAGGAGGACGUGUCAAGCCCGACGGAAAAGAAACAGCCCGAGAUCACGUCCAAGGGGAAAGUCGCUGCUGUUGCGGAGAAAUUAAAAUCUGGUGCAAUACUUGACGAGGAAAAGAUGGUGAACGGACUGCAGGCCAUGAGGGCGGAGGAGAAGAAGGAGGAGAAGAAACCCCCUCCUCCUCCGCCGAAGAGCGAGCAAGACCAGCUGUGGGAAAACCUGAUGAACACGGACAGACAACUUAUCAUCAAAGACAUGGACUUUACGGACUUGAUCGGGGAUGACGAUAUGGACGUUCUCUCGCCGUUUCAUGGGAUGGCGUCAUCGACGGACGCGCCGCCGCGCCCGCCACCCAACCUGUUCGGCGGCCCUCCCCCUCCUCCGUGUGUAUUCCCAGGUGGAAUCCCCCCUCCCCCUCCCCCCUCCCUGGCCAUUCCUGGGGGCCCCCACCACCCCCUCCUCCCCCACUCGGCGGGCCCCCUCCACCCCCUGGAGCACCCCCUCCCCCUCCUAAAGCCCCGGGGUCCAGCCACCUGGGGCCUGCGCCCAAGAACAGUGCCAUUCCAGUGAAGAAGAAGAAAACGGUGCGGUUAUUCUGGAAGGAGGUGAACCACUACGUGCCGCCCACUGUGGCCAAUGCUAACAAGGAGAGUCUGUGGGACACCUUGAG